UGUCUUUUUGCACUUGAAUGGUCAAAAACCGUCCGCUUUGGUGAGCAAAGUACAGUUGGGUGAACAUAAACAGUUUGGGGAAUAUCAGAUGUACCUAUAUCAGUGUAUAGGAUCUGUGUAUUGUUAGAGAAAUGCAUUACAAUUUAACUAAAUUAGCUUUUAGUCGACUAAAUCUACUGUAGAUAUUUAGUCGACUAAAACUAGACUAAAACUAAAACAAUUUCCGAUGACUAAAAUAUGACUAAAACUAAAUGGCAUUUUAGUCAAAAGACUAUGACUAAAACUAAAUCAAAAUUUGCUGUCAAAAUUAACACUGGUGGUAUUACUGGACAGGACACAAUCAACCAGUGGGCCAUGGUACUGCAACAAACCUUUUCUGUAAGUCCAUUCCCUCCAAACAAGAAGUGUUAAUACAUUGUUAUAAUGCAAGUUCAUGGUGUUACUCUUUCAGAAAGUAUCAGUGUAUUACCAUAUCAUAACAUCGUUGUACUAUGGUACUGCCACAGUACUUAUUCGGACUAUACUGAAAGGUAUUAACACAUUUAUUAAUGAUAAUAAUAUCCUAUGAGAUGUAACCAUAACUUUGAAAGACUUUACUUUAGGACACUAUGAAUCUGACUCUACUGAAGACAAUGCUUGCAUUGUUAUGUAUUUAAUGGAUCUUCUUUGCAAAUUUCAUAUCCAAAAAUGUAAGUUCACCAACAACAAACCGUUUUUUAAAGAAUUUAAAAAGUAUUUCAACACCAUUUCAUCCUCAGCAAAUAAGAAAUCAAGUAGGACGACUUAAAUUUGCAAUGCCUACUAAUUUCUUACCCAAAUGUUUAUUUUUAUUUUCCCUUCUAUCUUUCUUAUCAUUUUCUGUCGUUUGCAAGUUAUUAUUAACUCAUUAUUCUCUGUAUUCUGUUGACAAGUGGUGUAUUGUUGUUAAUUUCUGAGUAUCAUAUACACAAACUGUGUAUUAUAAACAUGUCUACUCUGUAUUUUUUGCAUUCAUUAAAAACAAACUUAUCGUUGUUACGGACUGCACGAACACAACUUGCAGUCAUAACUUUUCUGGAGUGUGGCUUUAUGAUUCGAGAUAGUUCAAGGUUGUUGCAGCGCUUCCGGUGACGUCAUCGCGUACCGACGUCCAUAAUGGACUUGCAGCUGUUCACUGACAAACAAUAACAAGAGCAGCGAGCGAACGGCAGCGGCUUCCGUGUCUGUAAUCGCGCUGAUAUUAAGCCCGUGAGGCAUCUCGACUCUGACAUUGUCGGCGAGGAAACUCUGGCCUCCGCUGCCUCUUCCUCCGACUCGGAAACCGGCGGAGCUUCGCCGCCCCCGCGGAAGAAAAGCCGAGUCUCGGCGGCGGAGGGAGCAGGAGAGAGCGGGGCGUCUGCUGCCGGGAUCACGGGCCUCUCUGCGGCUUCUCUCCCAACCCCCCACCAGCACUCGGCCAUCCGUCUUAAUAACAGCUCGCAGUCGCGCAGAUCCGCCAGUGUAAACGCGUUUUAUAACAUGCAGGCCAACGGGACGGGAGGACAGGAGCCGGAGCCGCAAAUGUCCUGCAGGAACGGAGAGUCCUCGUCCUCUGUCGCGGGAGCGGUGCACUCCAACGGGCUGCUGUCCUCCGCUAAUAACGGGCUGCCGUCCACCGAGAACCCGGCGCCUGACACCAGCAUGAAGAAGAAGAAGCGACUGUCUCAGAGCGACGAGGAUGUGAUCAGGCUCAUAGGACAGCAUCUACACGGGUUGGGACUCAAUCAAACGGUGGACCUAUUAAUGCAGGAAUCGGGCUGUAGACUUGAGCAUCCUGCUGCUACCAAGUUCCGGAAUCAUGUGAUGGAGGGAGAGUGGGAAAAGGCUGAGAGUGACCUCAACGAGCUGAAAGCACUGAUGCAUUCACCGAGCGCUGUGGUGCGGAUGAAGUUCCUGCUCCUGCAGCAGAAGUAUUUGGAGUAUCUGGAGGACGGGAAGGUUCUAGAAGCGCUGCAGGUUCUCAGAGCUGAGCUCACGCCCCUGAAGUACAACACUGAACGAAUCCACAUCCUCAGCGGGUACCUGAUGUGCAGUAAUUCUGAUGACCUGCGUGCUAAAGCUGAGUGGGAAGGGAAAGGGACGGCCUCACGAUCCAAACUCCUCGACAAGCUUCAGACGUACCUGCCCCCGUCUGUGAUGCUGCCGCCCCGCCGUCUGCAGACUCUGUUGCGUCAGGCAGUGGAGCUGCAGAGAGAUCGCUGUCUCUACCACAACACCAAACUGGACAGUGGACUGGACAACGUGUCUCUGCUCAUAGACCAUGUGUGCAGCAGGAAACAGUUCCCCUGCUACACCCAGCAGAUCUUGACAGAGCACUGCAAUGAAGUCUGGUUCUGCAAAUUCUCCAACGACGGCACCAAACUGGCCUCGGGGUCCAAAGACACAACAGUCAUCAUAUGGCAGGUCGACCCCGAAACCCAUCAGCUCAAACAGCUGAAGACUUUGGAGGGUCAUGCCUAUGGGGUUUCUUAUCUGGCCUGGAGCCCCGAUGACACGUAUCUGAUAGCCUGUGGCCCAGAUGACUGCUCAGAGCUCUGGCUGUGGAACGUUCAGACAGGGGAACUGAGAACCAAAAUGAGCCAGUCCCAUGAGGACAGCCUGACCAGUGUGGCCUGGAAUCCAGACGGCAAGCGUUUUGUUACCGGAGGUCAGAGAGGCCAGUUCUACCAGUGUGAUCUGGAUGGAAACUUGCUGGACUCCUGGGAGGGUGUUCGUGUGCAGUGCCUGUGGUGUUUGAAUGACGGUCGAACAGUGCUGGCCUCUGAUACACACCAGCGUAUCCGUGGAUACAACUUUGAAGAUCUGACUGACAGGAACAUAGUUCAAGAGGACCACCCUGUAAUGUCCUUCACCGUGUCAAAGAAUGGAAGAUUAGCUCUGUUAAAUGUCGCAACUCAGGGAGUUCAUCUGUGGGACCUGCAGGACCGGGUAUUAGUCAGGAAGUACCAAGGUGUGACUCAGGGCUUCUACACCAUCCACUCCUGUUUUGGCGGCUACAACGAAGACUUUAUUGCGAGUGGCAGUGAAGACCACAAAGUUUACAUCUGGCACAAGCGCAGCGAGCUGCCCAUAGCUGAGCUGACGGGUCACACGCGCACCGUGAACUGCGUGAGCUGGAACCCGGUGCUGCCAGGCCUAAUGGCCAGCGCCUCCGAUGACGGCACCGUAAGGGUCUGGGGUCCCGCCCCCUUUCUGGAUUCCCAGGAGACCGAGGGGCUAACUGGUAUGAACCUCCUCAUCUGACUGGAAAAUGCUCCUAGUUCGAUAAUGCUACAGCAUGGACAGUUGAUGUUGACUCUGGAGCAGAUGUCCACUUUGGAAAACAUACAGUGAGACACACUAUAGACUUUGUGAAUGAAGAAUGACAAAUGAAGUAAAUCUAACGGCAGAUGGAUGUUUUUUCCUGGCGGUUUCACAUCCCCCACCCGCAGCGCAGCGGAGACGCCGUUUCACUCGAACAACAUGAAGCCGUUGCGGCGCCACGAAACGGACACGCCGAGGACACGCCCCUCCUCGGCUUAAGCCCCUCCUCCUCAUUUCUACACUGCAUCCUGAGUGGACGACUGCCUCCUGAACCCACAUGCGCACACACACACACGGACAAACAACGUUAUUUAUUACGGCUUUAAUUUAUUAUUGUGAAUGAAUCAAGGCCACAGUCUUGCUUUGUGUUCUGUACAAUAUUCACUUCAGCCAGGGGACAAAAAAAUGCUUUUCCGGCAUGUGCGAACUUCUCCGUGGUCUCAAAGACGCACGCGUUAACGGAGAGCAAACAAAUCAUAUCCUUGUUUUUCAGCAUGAACUUCUUUAAGCCACCUCGUAUGCUUGAAAGUGUCUUCACCAGCAGAGAUAUAAGAUAUCGUUUUCCUUUCCCUCUGAGACUCACAACAUUUUUAAAUGACUGAAUUUACAGGCAUUUUUAACAGUUAGAUAUUCGUUUCGAUUCGAAAAUUCCAAUCAUGACCCCGAUCCGCAGUUUUUCAUUGCUUAUGGUACUUUAUUAUGCUCAUUUUGAGAGGGUUUUCUAGAGGUGAUGGAUUAUUAAUCUUUAUUCUUGAGAUGAGCCGAUGUAGAAAGACGGUUAUUUUUUGGUAACGGGGUUGAAAACGCACCUGCGACCCAUGUAGGCUUGCUAUAGUCGUCUUGCUAAUGACACACAAAUGAGCUGAUGUCACGUUCCACAUGUAAAUAUCAGCCUGCAGCGUGCAAACUUUGACUUCGUAGGUGUUUGUGACUCGGUCCAGGUCAUUUUUGCAGUGAAAGUACAGGCUGUUGGUGUGAGAGGAGUGAUUUUGUGACGGUAAGUACGACUGCAUAUUGAACGAACGGACUCUCAAAUAUGUUUGUUUCCAUCAUGUUCGUUGCAUCAUAUUCUCCUCUUGGGUCUCGUUUCCUCUUUCAUAUUGUUUUUUUUUUAAUGCUUUUCUGGACAUGUAUAUGAUUAUUCAUCAGCUAUGAUUUUCUUAGUUUUAUUGCUUUUAUUUUGGGUUGAUUUAUAAUUUGUUUGGCUUUUUUCCCUCGUAUUAUCGUAUAAAGGAUGUCUUGGCAAGUGGCCUCUUAAAUGCUUUUUUCUAUUUGUGAAUUUCUUAUACUUUCGUACCAUAUUACGCAUUAGUACACACAGGUGUACCCUGAAAUAAUUUAGGUAUUCAUCAGUCGAGCGAAAGAAACUUUGCCUACUAUGAUUUAUUCUGUAAUUAUGUGCUCUUCAUAUACAUAUAUAUGAAGAAUCUAUAGAUAUAUAAAUAUAUAUAUAUAAAAAACAUACGUGUGUAUUUCUUGCCAUGUAUCCUCCCUUACAAAUGUUAACCGUUUCUCACCUGCAUCAGGUAAACUCCUUGUACAGGUUAUUCGUACCCUGACCAGCCAGACCUGUUCCGUUAGCGAGGAUUGACGCGCACAAGCGAAAAGAAAGAACAGGUGCAUGCAGAAACACCCUCACACGUGUGGAGAUAUCACAGAAUUGUGGUGUUGUAUGUUCUGGUUUAUGCAACUGAACUUUCCUUUUCUUCUGGAUAUUUGUGUUUCAUUUCAGUCUUAGUUUGACUUUAUGUGCUUGAGCCGGCUGGGCAACGGUAGCGCCCUGGGUGGAGUUCUGGUGGAGACUUAAGUUUAUUGCAGUCAGGAUCUGAGGAUCUGUUUUGCAUUUCAGUGUGUUAUUAUUCUAAGUGAUUGUACUAUUAUGUAAUGUUCUGUAGGAGAGGUGUUAUGUAUACAUACUUUCAAUAAAGCAUUCAGGGUUUUAAACUA